AUGGCCCUCACGACGUCAUCGGAUGUCGGCGCACCGCUCAUCAGCCUCGCCGUUUACUGCCCACUCCUCUGCGCUGAUAAGGAGGAGCACGGGGCGGACAACAUCCUCUUCUACUUUCCAUCUGACACGCACCUCAACUUGCAGAUGAACCAAGUAGGCUUCUGCAUCGCCAUCAGCUCCCUCGCACCUCGGUUUGGGGUACACUGCAGCUGGCACCAGACGAUCCGAAAGCAGCGCAGCAGCGUCUGCCUGAUGAGCCCAGCGGAAGACCUGUGGGUGAGUGCGCACGUGCGUGGCGGCAACGAGGCUGCGCUCACCACUCACCACCUACUACAGCUCAGCUGUGCCUUGUUUGAGCUGCUGUACAGCGCAGACACGCUGUUGCAGCUCACCUUACCGAAUAUCGAAGAGGGCAGAAAAGAAGGCCCACCCACUGGCUCCGGCAGUUCAACCCUCUCGACACCGACAGCAGACAAGGCGCUCUCCUCCGACACGGCGGCGCGUCCGGCGCUGCGGUCUUUUUUUACCAGAUGCGCCACCUUUAUCUCCAGCGUUUUGGCAGCGCAGUGCAAGGCGCGUGAUGGUGCAACGGAACAAAUGGGUCGGCCAGGCGCUGCCAUGUCAGCACAGGACUGGGCCCACUACCUCUCCGCCGAAGCGUCAUUUGGGCUCCCGCUGCGCUUCGUAAGCGACCGCGAACUCCCCUCUUUGCAACUGGGACGCGUCGAAGAGGUGGUGCGGCACAUUUUGUGGCGGCCUGUGAGCGGAUGUACAGCCGGGCCUGAUUGUGACGCACCGUCGUCGCUGGGCCGUGACAGUGUACACUGCUGUGUCUUUCAUCUGCCAUCGCUGCACGUAGUGAUGGCGGACAGUCGGCUGCCUCGUGUCGUGGUGCAGUCCCUCAAGUACUACCUAGUCCUCUACGCACCGAUUGCCUGUACCUCGUUUCGGUGCCAUGUGCCGCCGGGCGGGCCGUGCGAAGCGGCUGUCUGGCUGGAUGGGAAUGUAGUUGUCGUACUGGUCGAUCGGCAUGAAGACCAGGCUUCCAGCGUCGGCGGGCGUGCGGUAUCCCCGUCGCUGAUGGAGCACGCCAGAAUCAUCAGCAGCAAGAUACGCCAGUUGCUUAGCAAACCAGCGGCUGGUGCUACUUCAGUGGAGGCGAACGACGCCUAUUGGCUCUCCACACGCGACGUGCCAACGCAUCAGCUGUACUACAAGCUGACUUUAAAACCGCCAAUCGCGGCAUCGAGCGGCCUCGUCGCACACUGGCGUCUGAGGGGUACCGUAGUAGAGGGAACGCCUUUCCGCCAGGUGGUGCCCGGUCUCGUCGAGUACGUACGCGCGCUAGUGUACUCGACGAAGCUGUGCCUACCCCCCUCCACGUCGCCCAGCGUACUGGAGUACUGGACGCGCUGGAACUCUUUCUGGGUUUACCUGCGCUUUGCCGGUCCCACAGUGACUGCCCUCGCCUGGCAGCACCAACAGCUCCCGAUGCGUGUCCGCGAGCUUGCCUACGAGACGCAGCGUCUUCUUCUUGUGGCGCCUUAG